GCUCCGUCUGACCGGGCCCAUCCGUCUGCCGGUGAAGUCCCCACAUCUACGACAUCAUUUCUUAUCAAAUUAUGCCCCAUAAAGUCCGGGCUGGGGCGGUGGAUGAGCUCGAUAUUACACACGGCACCUCCCGCCGGGGCUCAGAGGGAAACGAGUAGCCGAAAGAUGUUAAGCAGCUGCUCUGACUGAAGUUUUGGUAUAGAGACAAGAUGCGUUCAAGUGUGGAUAACUCACCAGCCUCGGCUGGCAGCAGCGCCAAUCACAACAACAACAACAACAAUAACAUUAACAGCAACAGCAACAGCAACGAGAACAGUGGAAACUCAGGUUCCCAGUAUGCACUGUGCGCUCUGGGCGUCGGACUCAUAGCCCUGGGUAUCGUGAUGAUCGUGUGGAGCGUGGUACCUGUGGAAGCCGCGCAUAACAGCAGCACUUCGGAUGAACCCGACGAUACGGGCAACAGGAAGGAUAAAGCCUCGUCCGUGGCCUUUAUCUUGACGGGCUCGGGGGUGGCCAUGCUGAUGCUGUCCCUGUGCCUGGGAAUGAGGAACAAACAGCGGGAGCAGCAGAGGCUGCAGGAGUCCCAGAACCAAAGAGGAGAGACGAGGCAGCAGGACGACAGGCAAUCUGCUGAGGAGCAGGCCCAGCGCUACGCCGUCCCCAGCUACGAGGAAGCAGUGGGCAGUGGCCAGUACCCCGUCCGUCAGAGCAACCCCCGUCCCAGCACCUCGCAGCUCCCUUCCUACGACGACCUCGUCCAGGUCGACGGCGUGCACUUCGAGAACGAGGGGCCGGAGGUCGUGACGACCACGUCGCAACCCGCCGCUGCUGCCGUCUCCGCAUCCAACCGCAGACCCGGGAAAAACAGCCGCAAGCUCCUCCCGAUCAAGAUCCGCCGGAUAAAAUCAGAGAAGCUGCACGUGAAUAAUGUGGAUAACUCUCAGCCAGCACCUGGAAUCAGCAUUGAACCGCUGACGCCACCGCCACAGUAUGAGGAUAAGGUGCCUCCGCUUUGAAAGAAAAA